AGCCUGCAGCUGUCUCUGUUGCGUCCCACCGCCGCUGUUGUGGGAAAUCGUCGUCCGCAUGACGAACCGACUGCAGACUUCCACCCCCUUGAAGUGUCAGCGCCAACCCGAAGGAAAUCGCAACUUUAAUCAAUUUCCAUUACUGCAAGGAAACCGGAGAAAUACCUGACAGCUCGUGACGCCCCGUCGGCGUGUUGACUGAAAUCUUUCCAACUGUGAAGGCUUCAGGAAUGUGGAAUACAACUCUGUCUCAACGUGAAAGGACCUGCCCCUGACACGAUGACCACAGACUUGAACUUGACCUCUCUAAUGAAUGUGACAGAUCUCCACAACCAAACAAGAGGAUGUUCCCUCACCAAGACAGGUUUCCAGUUCUAUUACCUGCCCACUGUUUACAUCAUAGUUUUCAUAACUGGGCUGGUGGGCAACAGCUUAGCCAUUUGGAUGUUUGUUUGCCAUAUGAGACCCUGGAGCAGCAUCUCUGUCUACAUGUUCAACCUGGCUCUGGCUGACUUCUGCUACGUCCUCUCGUUGCCUUUCCUCAUCUUCUACUACUUCAACAAAACAGACUGGAUAUUCGGGGAUGUUCUGUGUCGACUGCAGCGUUUUAUAUUCCAUGUGAAUCUUUACGGGAGUAUUCUGUUUCUGACCUGCAUCAGUGUUCACAGGUACACCGGAGUAGUGCAUCCGCUCAAGUCUCUCGGUCGGCUGAAGAAGAAAAAUGCAGUUAUUACCAGUGCACUGGUGUGGGUUUUGGUUGUAAUAGGCAUCUCUCCCAUCCUUUACUAUUCCCGGACUGGCUUAAAGCGUAAUGCAACCACUUGUUAUGACACCACCACAGAGGAUGAGUUACCAGGGUAUUUCAUCUACAGUAUGACUUUGACAGUGUUUGGGUUCUGUAUCCCAUUUAUUGUCAUUUUUUGCUGCUAUGGCAUGAUUGUCAAAGCACUAAUCUACAAUGAUAUGAACAAUGCACAUCUGCGGCAGAAAUCCAUUCACCUAGUUAUCAUAGUACUUGCAGUCUUUGCCGUCUCCUACCUGCCUUUUCAUGUGAUGAAGAACCUCAACAUGAGGGCCAGGCUGUACUUCCAGACCCCUGACAUGUGCGAGUUUAAUAACCGCGUCUAUGCCACCUACCAGGUGACGCGGGGUCUGGCCAGCCUCAAUAGCUGUGUGGAUCCUAUUCUUUACUUCCUGGCUGGAGACACCUUCAGGAGGAAGCUGUCACGGGCCACUAAAAAGCCUUCCAGGAGGGGGGAAAAUGUCCUUCAGUCCAAGAGUGAGGAUACAGCACUCAACAGCCUAGCUGAGUAUGUGGAGAAUGGGAACCGGAGGCUGUAACAAGGCACCUCUGUGUGCUUGGUUGUGGAUCACUUUCAGCUUUAGAAACCAUUUUGGACUUGGCAUAAAUAAAUGCACUGUAUGGCCUGAAAAACUGUAUGCAGAAUUUAUUGGACAACAGUUUAAAGAACUGUAGGAUAAAUGCUCAUUUUAACCCUGUGAUAAAUAUUGAUUGCUUACAGCAUAUUGAUAUUGAUAAGCUACUGUAUUGUAUUGUCCUGGUCAUGUAUUGUACUUUAAAUGUUAGAACAAUCACUCUUCUUUCUUAUUAAGUCAUUAGUGUUGCUUACACAAAUGAACAUGGUGACGAACCAGGCUUGGGGAAAAUAGGCUUUCCUACAGGCACUAAUGCCCCGUUCAUUAAUUUGUAUAGUAAAAAUAGGACAGAGAAGCACCUUCUCUAGCCACAAGCUGAUGCUUAAUCAAUAGCUGUUAAACAAGUAAAGAGCUUGUGCCUAAGGACGUGUACAUGGGAUGAUUUUUUUAGAGGAAAAUUAAAUGCACUGAACUUGAGAUUGCUGCAUGGAUGUGCCAUACAGACAUUGUAAUGCACUAUGAUUGGGACCUCUCCUUUCAGAGGGCUACCUAUCCCUCCUCCUUUCUUUCUACAUCCAUUACUAAAGGGGUGUGAAAUGUGGUCAACUACUUUUUCAUUCUGACAGCUCUGAGGUUAAGGUCUCCAACGGCUCUGUUACCACAAGAUUUCUCUCCUUUUCCCUACUAAAAAAAAAAGAGAAGAAAAUAUUGACAGUAUUUUGUGUAUAUGAUACUAAAAGUAAUGUCUUUGGUUGUUUUUAGGUGGAUUGUACAGAAUAUCGUGAUGUUCCAGAUUAGUUUGUUAUUAACUGUAGCUAUCUUUAAUCCAGAUCUUUAUGCAUGAGCCUACUAUCAAAUCCAUUAUCAGUAUGAUCAGACAGACUCACCAAGUUCUAACUACUCGAGUUUUUUUAUGACACAAUAAAGAACAUUAGCUUUUAAGUGAUCUAAACACACACUUUUUAACCUGCUUUGUGACUCGAUCUGCAUAUUGAAAAUUUGUUUGUAUGACAUACCUCAAAGUAAAUAGUGCACUGUGUCUGUGUUUUGGCAGAUAAUCAUUUUUGUUUUGUACCUGUUGUAAACAUUCUGGAGAAAUUAUGGUGGCGCUCUCUUGGUACAUAUUUUAGACUGGUCUGUGUAAGUGUUUGAUGUCUGUACUAAUUCCUUUGUAAAUCUGUAAUGUGGUCAUUUAUAAAUGUCAAGGAAGGAAGUAAAACAGU